AUGGAUGUGGAAUCUCCUUCUUCCAUGGAUGUGGAUCAGGAUUCCGAACCGCAAGACCCUAUGGAGAUUGACGCCGAAGGUGACGAAGCGGAUAGUUUUUUCGGAAAUUUACGGGUGCAAUAGCCAACCCAUCUUUUACAGCAUCUUUUUUUAGCAGUUUUCUGUAGUUUGGAAAACGCUGGAGAAUCAAUGUUCAAAAAGAUGGCUUCUUGGUCCCGGCUCUAAGGAAUGGAAUAAUAACCACGAGAGGUCGAGGUGCAGGUGUACAUCGCCAAGGACAAACCCUGGCAAUGAUGCAGCAAAACGCUGAGGAUGCAGUACGACAUGCUGCACACAUUCAACAACAGGCAGAAGCGAAGGCGAAAGCAGCGGCAGCAGAGGCGAAGGCGAAAGCGGAAGCGGCUAUAGUUGCCAGCUUUGGCGGUGCCGCAGAUCCAGCUGCACAGGCAAACUAUCGAAUUUAAGGCAUCAUCAACAUUUGAGAUCUUGUCUUUGAUCUGUAGUUCCCACAUAAAGGAAUAAGUCGUCACUUCUUGACUUCUAGUCCUAUUUGCAGUCGAAAUAUUUGAGAUGAAAAAGCAACUUUUUCUCGACAAGGGAGUAUUUGCAUUUGGGCACAUGUUGAAUCUUCAAGUCAAUAGUGAAGAUAUUAAGUUGAAGAUUCUAACUCUUGCUGCAGGACCUGAGAGAGGAACUCGCUGACCAAGAGGAUGACGAUUGGCACCUUUUUGGAGGCAUUGUCACGGACGCGCUUUAUUUUUCCCAG